AUGUAUCUCUCACAUCUUUUCUUCGUCAUUGUCAUUCAAAGGUCUUUCACAAGUUAUCAACAUCCAUAUCCACAUGGACAAAAAUAUGUAGCACCCGUCGUAAUUUGUUGUGCUGCACCAGUAGGUCCUGCUCCAAGUUACCCUACUAUUCAUGGAGGAUACGGUCAUAUGAAAGUGGUCAAAUCUGUGGCAACCCAAUCAUCCUACAGCUACACGUAUGAAGUCGGAGGGCCUGUAUCUUAUCCCGCUCAACAAACUCAAUCUUGCUGCGCAGAUCCAUAA